GUCCCCAGCAGUUGCAGGACCACGAGGUGGGAGGGAAGUAAGGGGAGGGACCGAGGGACCAGAGGAGUGGAGGUCCUGGGAGCCUGGAGAGGGAGACGCCACCAGCACCGCUGCAGAGCAGCGGAGGAGCCCUGGAGGUUGCCCCUCAGAUCCGGGUCCAGUCAUCCUCCGUCCCCUCUCCUCCCCCCUCGGUCCCGGGAGCCAUGCGUAGCUUGAGGCAGCGCUUCCAGAGGUUCCUGGAGCAGAAAAACAUUGUCACCGAUUUGCUGGGGAAGCUGGAAGAGAUCACCGGUGUCAAAAAGUACUACCUGGCUACAGGUUCCAUUGCUUUCUUGGCCCUCUAUCUCAUAUUUGGCUACGGUGCCUCCCUGCUCUGCAAUCUCAUUGGAUUCAUCUACCCAGCAUAUGCCUCCAUCAAGGCCAUUGAAAGCCCCAACAAAGAUGAUGAUACCAUCUGGCUAACAUACUGGGUGGUAUACAGCAUUUUUGGCCUGGCUGAGUUCUUCUCUGACAUCUUCCUUUUCUGGUUCCCCUUCUACUAUGCAGGGAAGUGUGCCUUCUUGCUAUGGUGCAUGCUUCCAGUGGCCUGCAAUGGCUCCCAGAUCCUGUACCAUCGCCUGAUCCGCCCCAUCUUCCUGAGGCACCAGGCUUCCAUGGACAGCCUGGUGACUGACCUGAGUGGACGAGCCCUGGACACAGCAGCCAGUCUGACCCGGGAAGCAACCAAAGCAGGCAUGACUCAUCUCCAGAAGAAUAAGUGAAGAGAUCACUCCUGAGCCAGAGGCUUCGAAUGACUGGACACCCUCCUCCCAGCCCCCUCAGCAUCAAGGGACCAUGGUCCCCAAUCCUGGCCCUUGUCUAAGCAGCUGACCCCUCCCAGCUGCAUGGCUCCAACCAGCUCCACCCUCUUGGGCUUUAGGGCAUUAGAGAAGUCUCCCCCGGCUGGGAGGUGGGAUGGGCAUGGGGGGACCUCUGCCCAUUUAGGAUCCACCAGCACCUGCUAAAGGCCCUGCUGGCACUCAGACUGUUCUAAGUAUGCCGUUAACCACCUGCCUCUGGCCCCUCCACCCUCCACUGGCCUCCCACAGGACUCUUGAUGUGUCCUGGUCAUUUCAGCUGCCCAUGUAUUUAAAAAAAAAAAAGUCUUACACAGGCCAAACUUGCUUGACCUCGA